AUAUAGGCGAAAACAAAAACUAAUUACACAGUUUGCCUGUAAAUCGCGAGACGAAUUUUUUGACCCUAAUUAGUCUAUAAUUAAACAAUAUUUGUCAUAAACAAACGAAAAUACUACGGUAGCAAAAUCAAAAAAAAAAUCACAUCUAAACAAUCCAUUGCGUGAGGCGAAAACCGAAAACGCUACACGCGGACCCCUGUGUCCUGUGUCCUGUGUCCCUGUGAGAUCAUAUUCCAUCCUUGCUCGGCAUGGCGCUUCAUCCAGGAGGCAAACUUUAUUCUCGCCGGGCCUCUUGCAAGGCAAAUCUCUCCCCCAAAAACAGUUGCCGUCUUGCUUCAUGCCAACAGCAAUGGCAGUAAUCUUCGUAGCCCUUCGCGAAAUCACCCUAUCGCCGAAAGACCCUUCCGCGUCCCCGGCAGCGCCAGCCCCGUCCUGAUGCGCAUGCCGCGGCUGCCCCUCCUCCUCAAGAUAGCCGCGGCGGCGGCUGCCGGGGCGCUGGCGAUCAUUGUCGCGGCGCGCCUCCGCAGGGAGGACGCCGUGGCCUCGCUCCGCCGGGAGAUCCGCGAUGCGCUCACGGCACUCGUGGCCGACGACGAGGACGGCGGCGACGGGAGCGACGGCGAGGGCGGCGCCAAGGAGGACGCGUCCCCGCCGCCGCCGUCCGUGCUGAUCACGGGGUUCCGUGCCCACGGCAAGAGCUCCCUUGUCAACACGGCGUGCCGGGCGCUGGCGGCCGAGGACGGCCCGCUGCUGCUGCGCGCCGAGGCGUCGCCGCCCGGCGGCGGCACCGACGGGCCCAGGCGCCGCCGGAGGGUCAAGGCCGUGGUGGCCGGGGCCGACGGCGACAGCGUGGGAGCGGCGGGGGAGGGCGACGUGGUGGAGCUGCUGGACGCGCCGCCGCUCCCCGAGGCGGGUAGGCUGACGAGGGAGGAAAUCGACGCCGCCAUCAGCGGCGGGGACCCUGAGUGCGUUGUGUUCGUUCUGCGCUGCGACGCGCCCACCAAGGAGCGGAACGCCGCCAUCAAGCGCCUCCCGGAGAUUUCUGCCGCCGUCAGAAACAAAGGGCUUAAUUUGAUCAUCGUAUUGACUUUUAAGAAGGCCAUGAGAUCCAUAAGGCAGGCUGAAGAGCUUCUACGGGAGGUUUCGUUCAGGGCUAGAACUGAUUGUGUCUACUUCAUCGAGAACUACACCUGGAGCAACAAUGGCCCCAACCUCCACCACCCCCCUGUCAUCAAGAACGACUUUGAGACUCAUUUCACGGUGCUGACAAUCAUUCGACAGUGUCUCGAGUUCAUCAAGCUAAAUAGGAGUCAGUCCAAGGACAAGAAAAAGAACGGCAAGCAGGAAAAAACACCCGAGCCUAAACCUAAGAAUCCACCCACAGAAACUAAGCAGUACCGGAAAUCCAACGACUCCAGUGUAAGACUUUUCUUCAACAGUUCAGAAACUUGAAUCGCCCGGUUUGCAUACGUAUGAUGUACUGAUGCUAAUGUAGAUAUAAUUGUAUAGCACUGAGAUAGUCUGACAAGCUGCACAAAAUGUUCAAUCAUCCAUUCGUUUUAUGUUUCAUAAAUCAAGACGUGCUGCUGCUUUUCUCA